AUGAUCGCCUCCCGAACCGCCCUCAGUCUUCCUACAAAAGCCGAAGAACGUGGGCCGACAUUCGACAAGGAUGCCGGGCUCCACGACUCCACCAUGGAGAACUCCCCAGCUCCGCGCCAUUCCCUGCGGAUCCGAAGCCAACGGAGCGAGAUGUCUUUGCCGCAGAGGCCAGGCAAGGCCUCACCUCGGCGCGAGGAAGCCCGCGCAUUUCGUGAACCCUCCCGACGCCGUCGUCGCGACAUCGACUCGGGAACUUACAGCGACGACCCCACUUCUCCCUCCCACCGACACCGUCGCCGACACUCCCACAGCCACCGAAGAGGAAUGGAUACAGACGAGGAGCGCGGCGGCGAUGAGAGACGCAAAAAGACCAUGGUGAAACCAGAGCGCCGACGAGACGAUCGUGACCAGACCAGCCACCACUACCGCCAGCGAUCGCACCACCUGCCCGCUUUCCCUUCGGCGAGUGGGGAUGAUCCGUUGUUGGACCACAAAGAUGGCGAGACGAACAGUUCGCGCAGUAUGGAUAUUAAGAGCAAGGACGGUCUCUACGGUGCGCGGGGUAAUGUCAACAAACCCAUGGAGCGGGUCCCCAGCAGACAUCGCUCCAAGAAGAAGAAGAGAGGGUCGCGACGGUCGUCUCAGGGAGCUUCCGCGGAGGAAAAGCGACGCCAGAAGGCCAUUGAGCAAAGCGGUCCGCCCGAGUUGUGGCCUACGUACUGUGCAGCGAUCACUUUCUUCAUCCCGGACUUCGUUCUGAAAUGCUUCGGCAUGCCCCAGAAAGAGCAGCGCACUGCGUGGCGCGAGAAGAUCGGUCUCAUCAGCAUUAUUCUAAUGAUCGCUGCUUUUGUCGGUUUCCUGACUUUUGGUUUCACGGCUACGGUUUGCGGCUCGCCCCCGAUCCGUUUGAAGGUUAAUGAAGUCAAUUCUAACUACAUGAUUUUCCAUGGAAAAGCAUAUGACUUGGCCGGGUCCAAGCACGCCGGUGUAGCUGGUAUCCCUGCUGGUUCGGAUAUCAUCUACGACUUGCCGCAUAAAUACGGUGGGCAGGACGGCAGCUUCUUCUUCCAGCAGGUCAAUGGUGCGUGCAAGGGCUUGAUCACCGCCCAGCCUGAUGGUGGUGUUCCUACGAACGCCAACGGAGACCUGGGGUGGUACUUCCCUUGCGCACCCUUCAACCAGGAUGGGUCGUCGACGCCAAAUUUGACCGUUGAUUACUAUCUGGGAUGGGCUUGCCACACGGCCAGGUCUGCCCGUGAGCCCUUUUGGACGCUACGCAGCGACGGUGAUGUGUACUACACAUGGGAGGACACGAAGAACAAGAGCCGCAAUCUGGCAGUCUACUCUGGAAACGUUCUUGAUCUCGAUCUCCUGGCCUGGUUCAACAGCAGCCAGGUAGCAUAUCCCGACCAAUUUGACCAGCUCCGCAAGAACCCCGAUGUUCGCGGUGUUGAUCUCACCUACUAUUUCCAAAGUGGGGAGGAGAAGAAGCUUGGGAAGUGCUUGGCACAGAUUAUCAAGGUCGGCAGCAUCGAUACCGAUACCGUUGGCUGUAUCGCGUCGAAGGUCGUGCUUUACGUAUCCCUGAUUUUCAUUCUCUCCAUCGUGGUUGUCAAGUUCGGUUUCGCCCUGCUCUUCCAAUGGUUCCUUGCACCUAGGUUUGCCGCGCAAAGCACCAGUAUGGCGUCCGACGCCAGGACUCGCAAUCAACAGAUUGAAGACUGGUCCAAUGACAUCUACAGACCCGCCCCCCGAAUCACCGAACCUAUUGUUCCUGACCGCAGCAACAAGCGCGCCAGUUUCCUCCCUACCACAUCCCGUUUCUCAAGCCCGUACAAUGUGAGCAGCAGCACUGGCAGCAAGCAAAGGCCGAUGUAUAUCACCAUGGCUAGUCAGAACUCGACCUCGCGGCUCAUGCCCAAUUCGAACCCGGGAACCAUGUACAAGAUAAGCCAAAAUGGUAGUGGAGGCACUCUGAGUGUUGAUAACUCUCGUCUUAAUCCUGCUGCCAGCCGGAGUAGCUUGGUUCCUCCAACCCAAGAUCCUGGAUACCCGACACUCAUGACGGACUACGAGGGUCCGGGUCCUGCGGGCUUCAUUCAUGAAGCCGUGGUUCCUCAGCCUCCCCCUGAAUGGCAACCAUUCGGCUACCCUCUGGCUCACUCUCUUUGUCUAGUGACUUGCUACUCGGAGGGUGAAGAAGGUAUCCGGUCCACUCUCGAUUCCCUUGCCAUGACCGACUAUCCUAACAGCCACAAAACCAUACUCGUGAUCUGUGAUGGUAUCAUCAAGGGUAAGGGAGAGGAGUUCUCCACCCCUGAUAUUGUGCUGGGCAUGCUCAAAGACCCUGUCGUGCCCAUGGACGAGGUCCAGCCAUACUCUUACGUGGCUGUGGCUACCGGAUCCAAGCGACACAACAUGGCCAAGGUUUACACUGGAUUCUACGACUACGGCGAUGCUUCCAUCAUCCCGCCCGAGAAGCAACAGCGUGUCCCCAUGAUGGUGGUUGUGAAGUGUGGAACCCCCGAAGAAGCGACCCAGUCCAAGCCCGGUAAUCGCGGUAAACGAGACAGUCAGAUCGUCCUUAUGUCUUUCCUUCAAAAGGUUAUGUUCGACGAGCGAAUGACGGAACUUGAGUUUGAGAUGUUCAACGGCCUGUGGAACGUCACGGGCAUCCCGCCCGACUUCUAUGAGGUGGUACUCAUGGUUGACGCCGACACCAAGGUAUUCCCCGACAGUCUGACACACAUGGUCUCGGCCAUGGUGAAGGACCCGGAAAUCAUGGGUCUCUGCGGAGAAACCAAGAUCGCGAACAAGACCGACAGCUGGGUAACCAUGAUCCAGGUCUUCGAGUACUUCAUCUCCCACCACCAGGCGAAAUCGUUCGAAUCCAUCUUCGGUGGUGUAACCUGUCUGCCAGGAUGUUUCACCAUGUACCGAAUCAAAGCUCCCAAGGGCGGCCAGAACUAUUGGGUGCCCAUUCUCGCGAAUCCUGAUAUUGUCGAACACUACUCGGAAAACGUGGUCGAUACUUUGCACAAGAAGAACCUGCUUCUUCUUGGCGAAGAUCGCUACCUGACAACUCUGAUGCUCAAGACCUUCCCGAAGCGCAAGCAAAUCUUCGUUCCUCAAGCCGUCUGCAAAACCGUCGUUCCGGACAAGUUCAUGGUCCUACUCUCCCAGCGUCGUCGCUGGAUCAACAGUACCGUCCACAAUCUAUUCGAGCUCGUCCUCGUCCGCGAUCUAUGCGGAACCUUCUGCUUCAGCAUGCAAUUCGUCAUCUUCAUCGAGCUGGUCGGAACCCUCGUCCUACCCGCCGCCAUCUCCUUCACCAUCUACGUCAUCAUCUCUUCCAUUGUCCGGAAACCCGUCCAGGUCAUUCCGCUCGUUCUUCUCGCCCUGAUCCUGGGUCUACCCGGUGUCCUUAUCGUCGUCACAGCACAUAAACUCGUCUAUGUACUAUGGAUGUUGAUCUACCUCGUCUCACUCCCGAUCUGGAACUUCGUUCUCCCGAUGUACGCGUUCUGGAAAUUCGACGACUUCAGCUGGGGCGACACGCGCAAGACGGCCGGCGAAAAGGAUAAGGGACACGGCGAUGCAGAGGGCGAGUUCGACAGCACGAAAAUCACGAUGAAACGGUGGCGUGAUUUCGAAAGAGAACGCCGCCUACGCAGUGCCUGGACUCAGCCCCGUCCUUCGACGGAUUCAUAUCCAUCGCAUUACGAGACAUAUUCCCAUUAUUAA